AUGUCGAAAUCUACAGAGUUUUAUUGCCGUCUCCCGAAAUCCGUUGAAAUUUUCCAGGAUUUUCAAGAUAUCACCAUUUCUCCAAAAGCACUGGCUGAAUGUCGAGCAGCAUUGUAUUCGAAAAAUGGACGUUUUUUUGCAUAUACUCAACCUAAUGAGGUUGUGAUAUUAGACACUUUGGCACAAGCUCAGUUGUAUCAUCGUAUUGAAAUGCCCGAAGUAUUUGAUAUAUGCUUUUCACCAAAAGGAUCGUUCUUAUGUCUUUGGUGUAAACCCGUGCAGUUGAAUAAAGAGAAUGGCACAUGGAACAACAACUUAAAAAUUUUUAAUGUCUUGACCAAAUCGAUAAUUGCUGAAUGGAGUGUCAAGCAUCAAAAUGGUUGGAAGCCGCAAUUUACAAGUGAAGAGACAUUGUUCAGUAGAGGCGUCAAUAACCGUGAAAUACAAUUUUUCGAAAUUGACUCACAAAGCUCAACUGUGAUUAAUAUGAAUCAACCAAAUCACAAGUACAGAUUAGAUGAUUCUAAAUCAACAUUUCAAAACUUUCAAAUAUCUCCCGGAAAAAAUCCAAGUUUAGCCGUUUUCAUACCUGAGAAAUCAAGUAAUCCGGCAAACGUGUCUAUCUACAAUAUACCAAAUUUCAAUCUGCCAAUUUGCUUCAAAAACUUUUUCAAAGCUGAAAGGUGUCAAUUGAAAUGGAACUCCUUGGGGACUGCAUUGUUAGCAUUGGCUUCAACUGACCAUGACACUACUAACCAGUCGUAUUAUGGUGAAACUAAUCUUUAUUUAUUAGGAAUAGCUGGCUCAUAUGAUUCAAGAAUCGAUUUGCAAAGAGAGGGGCCAAUUCAUGACAUUACUUGGUCUCCAACUGCUCGUGAGUUUGCCGUGUCGUAUGGCUAUAUGCCUUCGGAAACAACUUUCUUUGAUGCUAGAGGUAACGCUAUACAUUCUUUACCCAUUGCACCAAGAAACACCAUAUUAUAUUCUCCACAUGCCAAAUUUGUUUUAGUUGCUGGAUUUGGUAAUUUGCAAGGUACAGUUGAUGUAUAUGACCGUCAAAAUAAGUUUUCAAAGGUUGUUACAUUUGAAGCAUCGAAUACUUCAGUAUGUGAAUGGUCUCCGUGUGGACGAUUUAUUUUAACAGCCACAACAUCUCCUAGGUUAAGAGUUGAUAAUGGGUUAAAGGUUUGGCAUGCUAGUGGGAAGCUAAUUUACUUGAAAGAAUUUCAGGAAUUAUAUUCCAUUGGAUGGAAGCCUCAGGAUUUGAGUUUGUUUCCAGCGUUGCGUGUUUUAGAGCCAGCUCCAGAGGCACAUGAAUCUACUUUAGAAUAUACUGCCAAACGUGAUGCAAUGGCAAACGCUGCAGCCACUAAACCCGCUGGUGCGUAUCGUCCACCACAUGCACGUGGAAGCGGCAAUUCUUCAGCUCAGUCAACAUCGUUGCAUCAAAGAGAACUUGAGAAUAGCAUCAGAGGUGUUACUCCAUCGCCGCCACCAGGGUUUACCAAAAAUGGAGGAACUACGCCAAGGCACCGAGUUGUACCAGGUGCUGCACCAGUAGUUGAAAAGGAAAGUAAAGCAGCUGCUAAAAAUAGGAAGAAAAGAGAAGCAAAAAAGGGUAAAGAGCAGCAAUCGCCAAGCCCGGCACCAAAUACGCCUGGUAAUGCCGGUAUCGGCAGCAAUGCUGCUGCUGCUGCUACUGCUGCUACUGCUGCUGGAAAGUCAGAAGAAACUAGUGGAGUGGUAUAUGGAGGUGUAGCGUCAUUAGAAGAAAAGAAAAUUCGAUCAUUAUUGAAGAAAUUGAGAGCCAUUGAACAAUUAAAGAUGAAACAAGCCAGUGGUGAAUCGUUAGAGGACACUCAGGUGAUUAAAAUUUCAAAGGAGGAUGAAAUAAGAAAUGAAUUACAAACAUUAGGUUGGAAUGAAUAA